AACUACGUGGAGAUCAUGCCCAGCGUCGCCGAAGGGGUGAAGAUUGGCAUCCAGGAGUGCCAGCACCAGUUCCGUGGGAGGAGGUGGAACUGCACCACCGUCAACGAUAGCUUGGCCAUCUUUGGGCCCGUGCUGGAUAAAGCCACGCGGGAAUCUGCCUUUGUCCACGCCAUUGCCUCGGCCGGGGUGGCUUUUGCUGUGACCAGAUCCUGCGCCGAAGGCUCAGCCACCAUCUGCGGCUGCGAUACGCGUCACAAGGGUCCUCCGGGAGAAGGCUGGAAAUGGGGCGGCUGCAGCGAGGACGUGGAGUUCGGGAGCAUGGUGUCCCGGGAAUUUGCAGACGCGCGGGAGAACCGGCCGGAUGCCCGAUCGGCCAUGAACAGACACAACAACGAGGCUGGGAGAACGUCCAUUAUCGACCACAUGCACCUCAAGUGCAAGUGCCACGGAUUGUCCGGUAGCUGCGAGGUGAAAACCUGUUGGUGGUCCCAGCCGGACUUCCGAGUCAUCGGCGACUACCUGAAAGACAAGUACGACAGCGCUUCGGAAAUGGUGGUGGAGAAGCACAGGGAAUCCCGCGGCUGGGUAGAGACGCUCCGGCCCAAAUACAACUUCUUCAAAGCGCCGACCGAGAGAGACCUGGUCUACUAUGAGAACUCGCCCAACUUCUGCGAGCCGAACCCCGAAACCGGCUCCUUUGGCACCCGUGACAGGAUCUGCAAUGUCAGCUCGCACGGGAUAGACGGUUGUGACCUCUUGUGCUGUGGGCGUGGGCACAACACCCGGACUGAGAAGAGGAAGGAGAAGUGUCACUGCAUUUUCCACUGGUGUUGCUACGUCAGCUGUCAGGAGUGCACACGGGUCUACGACGUUCACACGUGCAAGUAA